AUGAGCGACGAAAAGUGCGAUGUCGAUAUCAAGGCUGUCAAGAGAGCGCACCACAGAGACGUGGAACGGCAUAGGAGCAACGUUGUCAAACAAACUUCCACGAGCUUGCGUGACGCCGGGACUUGUCUGCAGCUGCAGAAGGCAUCACGGGCUCGGAUCCUCGAGUGGACGACCGCCUACAUCGAGUCCAUGCGGCGGAAGAACAGUGAGCGUCUGCAUUCCAUCGAAGAGCUGAGGCGAGAGGAGCUUAUCGACAUCGAGGCUUUGGAGAAACUCAAGAUGACCAGGAGUGCUAGCACCUCCGCUGACUGCACACCCAACCCAUUGGACCUGGAGUGCGACUCGGCCUCUGAUGGAAGCUCUGAUUCCGCCGCCCAGCCUUGUGGCUCAUCUGACGCAGCGGCUCCCCGAGCUUCAUUUGAGAGAAGCGACCAAUAG